AGGUGCAGAGCAAACAAGCGUUCAACUCGCUGCAAUGGCUGUCAGCAAAAUUCACAGCAUUGUCAUCACUGGAGCCAACCGCGGCCUGGGUUUCGAGAUGGUCAAGCAGCUGGCAGAGUCCCGCUCGCCCAACUGCCGCAUCUUUGCGGGAUGCCGGGACCCUGAUGCCGCCAAGUCCAAGUCCCUGCAGGAACUGGCCAAGAAACACUCCAGAGUCAUUACUGUUGUCAAACUUGAUGUCACGGACCCCAACAGCAUUAAGGAUGCUGCUAAGAAGGUGGGGGCGCAGCUGGAGGGAGGCCGACUCAACGUGCUGGUCAACAAUGCUGGCAUUCUGAUACGUGGCACAAUGCAGUCCACCACCGAUCAACACGUGCAGGAGUCCUUCAACACCAACGUGAUGGGACCCGUGAGGGUCUUCAAGGAGUUCCUCCCAUAUCUCCGCGCAGCAGCCAAAGCCAGCCCUGAGCAAGGCAUGUCCUGCGCCAAAGCUGCCGUCAUCAACAUCUCCACCAUUGGAGGCUCCAUAGCAACGAUCCCUGAAAUAUAUGGCUUCUUCCCGGCGUUCCCCUACAACAUCAGCAAGGCUGGAUUCAACAUGUUCAACCAAUGUGCUACAUAUGAGUUCAAGAAGGAUGGCAUCAUGUUUGUUCUCAUACAUCCCGGCUGGGUCCGAACGGACAUGGGGGGUCCAGACGGUGAAAUCGAUGCCCCAGAGAGCGUGCAGGGGCUCCUGAAUGUCAUGAACUCUUUGACGGAAAAGCAAAACGGCGCAUUCCUGGACUACAAGGGCAACCCCGUGCCCUGGUGAACACGGAUUUCUCAGAAGGCCAUUCUCUCCUCACGCUCCCACGGAAAACCAAGGAGCCGUUAAUUCAGUUCAUUCUUCGCAUUGCCUUUCGUUUGUUGUUGAUUUUUCUCAGAUCUUUUCUUUCAGUCCAUAAUAUUAUGAAUAAAUUGUAAACAGCACUCACUUUGUGUUUUAUAUGAUACAGACACCAGUCCCAGACAGAGUUUUAUUCUUCAGCUGGUGACUCACCAAACUAAAUGACUGGCAUAAAAAGAUUUUUUUUUUACUGUCAAAAAUCUUUUGGACUUUCACUUAAAAAUUAAACUUUUACCAGGAAAUUAAAAGA